AUGCAAAUUUCCAGAGAAGGAGUCUCCCUGGAACCCGGGAUCGCCAGCCCCAGGGGGAACCAGCCCAUCAACCUGAACCAUUACGCCACCAAGAAGAGUGUGGCUGAGAGCAUGCUGGACGUGGCUCUCUUCAUGUCCAAUGCCAUGCGGCUGAAGGUGGUGCUGGAGCAGGGGCCGUCCUCUCACUACUACGCCACCCUCGUCACCCUCAUCAGCAUCUCUCUGCUCCUGCAGGUGGUCAUCGGCGUCCUCCUGGUGGUCAUCGCGCGGGUGAACCUGAAUGAGGUAGAAAAACAGUGGCGACUUAACCAGCUCAACAAUGCUGCCACCACCUUGGUCUUCCUCACGGUGGUCAUCAACGUUUUCAUUACGGCCUUCGGGGCACAUAAGUCAGGGUUCCUGGCUGUCAGGGCCUCGAGGAAUCUACUUUGAAACCAGCCUGGGACCCAGGUGAGGAGGGAAGUGGGAGGCCCCUGGGGGUUUG